AUGGCCACAACCACCACCACCACCGGCACUCGAACCAUGAGCAUCCCCACAAUAAUGCGUGCCUGGCAAUGGAGCACCUGCAAAACCACUCUCGAAGCGGCCCUGACCCUGAACUCCUCAGCACCACUCCCAACCCGCCCUCUCAGCCCAGGAGAAUGCCUAAUUCACGUGCACGCCGCCUCGCUCAACCCCGUAGACUACAAGCUCGCCGAGCUCCCCGUCAUCGGCUGCAUGGCAAUCCCCAUGCCCGCAACACCAGGUCUCGACUUUGCAGGGGUCAUUGUCAAGACCAGUCCGGAGUCCAGCUUGGAAGUCGGACAGCGCGUGUUUGGCAAGCUGGAGCCAAAGCAGCAGUACGGGACGCUGGGUGAGUAUAUCAUUGGCUCGAAGGCGGGGACUGUGCCGUUGCCUGAGCAAAUCAGUUUCGAGGAGGGUGCGACGAUGGGCGUUUGUGGGCUGGUGACGUAUCAGUGUUUGGUCAAGAACGUUGAGAACGGGGAUCGAGUGCUUAUCAACGGAGGGAGUGGGGGGACGGGGACGUUCGCGUUACAGAUUGCAAAGGCUUUGGGGUGUGAGGUUUUCGUGACAUGCUCUGCCGCAAAUGUACAGUUGUGCAAGGACUUGGGGGCUGAUGAGGCUAUUGACUACCGUGCGCAAAACGUAACGAGCGCGUUGGAGAAGAGUGGGAAGCAAUUUGACUUUGUAUUGGACAAUGUUGGCGAGCCUGCGGCAUUAUAUUGGAAGGCGACCCAUUUUACUAAGAAGGACGCCAAAUAUGUCCAGAUCGGGUCACAAGUCAGCCUUGGAUUCAUCUUCGAUCUGGCCUUCCGGUUUGUGAUGCCAGCUUGGUUGGGAGGGGGGCAGAGACCUUUCUCAUUUGCCUUUGCAUCGGCCAACUUCGACGACUCUCAGGGUCUGGCGGAUCUCGUCGCGAAGGGAAAGGUUAAGCCGGUGAUAGAUGAGGUAUUUGACCUGGAGCAUGUCCCGGAGGCAUACAAGAAGCUCAGAACAGGGCGAGCGAAAGGCAAGAUUGUUGUCAGAGUAGCAAGCAAGUCGUGA